GGUUUCCGCCCCGCUAGGUGGCGACAAAGCUAUACUGUUCAGUGGAGUACUGCCGUCUAUGUGCAGUCGAGGAAGCCGAGAUGGCAGCCACCAUGAAGGGACCUGGAGUUGAAGAUGUGAAUGUUACUUUUGAAGACCAACAGAAGAUCAAUAAAUUUGCCAGGAACACGAGUCGGAUGACCGAGCUGAAAAAUGAAAUUGAGGCAAAGAAAAAAUCGCUGCAGAACUUACAGGACGCCAGCGACGACCUAAUGAUGUUAGACGACGACUCUCUAUUGAUCCCAUAUCAAAUCGGCGAUGUCUUUGUCAGUCACAGUCAGGAAGAAACACAAGAGAUGCUGGAGGCCGCAAAGGAAACACUGGAGCAGGAGGUCAAAGGCCUUGAGGAACGAGUGUCAGCGAUACAGCAAGUAUUGGGUGAUCUGAAGGUCCACCUCUAUGCCAAGUUUGGUAACAACAUUAACCUGGAGGCAGACGAAAGCUGAGCUGAGGAAUGGACAUUGACAGCUGCCCCAACACGGACUUUUUCCACGCAGCUCUCGUAUCCGAUCCACCGAGUUGUUUGCCAAACAAAAACAUCAAGCAGGACUCGGCACGAACGGCUUAGAUUUGUAGCUUCUGGCUUUUGUUUGCACCGAUGUUGUAUGAUUCUUCAGUUGAGAUUUUGGCAAACAAAUUCACAAGGACAACAAAGAUUUGGAGACUAAAUAAAUGCCCAUCAUUUCGAACGUCUUUUAAUUGGUCCCUUAUUUAAUGCUCAUGUUGUUGUUGUUUUUUUUACUCUGUUGAUCAAACUAAAGUAACAAAAAUGAGAAACAAAACGGCUGCAUAGUGUUUUUAACUUCUGACAAAUUUAACAAUCGGAACAUUUGUGAGCUCACUUUGUGUUUGACUACCCUCAAGGUAGGACGAAAUAGCCCGAUAACAACAUUGUGUUUUCUCUGCACUAAUGACGGAAAUCUUUCAAGUAUUCAAUCUGCUUGAUCUUUAUUCAUAACUUUGUGGUGUUCGUAGUCAAAUUCAAGUUGAUUAAAUGAGUACCCUCUCUUACUGA